UCUUGCGCCGGAAGCGGAAGCCGUCCCCCCCGGAAGCGGAAGCGGUGGUGCAGGAAGAUGGCGGAGCUGGGGCGACUGCGGGGCUUGGUGGCGGUGAACAGGCUGCUUCUGGCUGCUCCGCAGGUGACUGCGGUUGUGGUGCGAUGUGCAUCCAAGAAGAGUGGGGGCAGCUCAAAAAAUCUUGGUGGCCACAGUCCCGGGAAACACUAUGGCUAUAAGAAAACAGAAGGUUCCUUUGUUCAUGCAGGCAAUACAUUAGCCACCCAACGGAUGAUACGCUGGCAUCCAGGGGCUCAUGUGGGGAUGGGUUGUAACAAGACUCUCUAUGCUCUGGAGGAUGGGAUUGUGCGAUUCACCAAGGAGGUCUAUGUGCCACCACCCCGCAGCCAAGAGAGCAGGGAAGUGAUCUGUCGUCUACCAAAAGGAGUGGUGCUUUACAAAACCUUCAUCAACAUUGUCCCCACCAAAGAAGUGGGGAGCUUCAAGCUAGUCACCAUGCUCUGAGGCUCUGCUGCCUCAUGCAGUAAUGACUGAUCACCUUGGCAGAUGUGGUACUCAAUCAAAAAGAUGUCUGGAGGACUCCUCUAGCUCUGAAAUGACUUGUUGGCGACUCCAGUUUCCUGCUCCUGGAACUCACUGGGUGUAAAUUUGAGAGUUACAAGGUAACCCGGACUACCUUGAAGUUUUUUGUAGAAAUAUAUAUCCAAUAAAUGUUCUGGGAUUCUCUAA